CGAAAACGCCUUCAAAUGAAUGAAUUCACAAAAAUGUAGAAUCGAUUCAAAAGUUUUUUCAUUCAUUUGUUUGAAAUAUUAAUGAAUAAAAAAUGCAAACAUUUUCGUGUCUUAAUCGCAUCCAAUGGCCAUCACUUGUAUUCCUCGUGUUGUGUCUCAUGAAUGCAAUCCAUUGCCGAGAACUCAGUUAUGUUGUGAACCCUGGAUGUGACCAAAGCUGCGAGCAAUGGACUGCCGCCAAGAAGUCACUCAAUUUGGUGCACAUCUCGUCCAAAGACACGAGCGAUACGAUUCACUUCUUGUGGUCUUCAAUCACGUCCAUUCCUCCCACGCUUUUGAUCGUUAAGACCCCAUCGGACGCCACUCUUACCAUCGAUUACGCAAAACUUCUGCAGACGAAGAGCACAUCUCCGGACGGAGGCAUUAGCUUCAGUAAAGAGCCGUUGAAUGCAAUCGGCGUUCAAUUCAGUCGACUCUUCUUCUUCAAUGACAUCAAUAAGAGUGGUUCUUAUGAUGAAAAAGAUCCCAUUUUUGAGGUGAUGUGGAAGGACUUCCAUUGGACUCCAGUGGCGAAUGGUUCUGCCAAAGACUCAAUUGAAUUGCAUUUGAAGAACUCAGACGAAAUUGAGACCAACGAGAGUGCAAUCAAAGGAACGAUUGAGUUUGUCUUAAGAGUGGACUCGAGUGAUGGCAGAGGCGAAGAGUUGCCUCAUUUGGCGUUCACUGAUAACAGUGUUUCGUUGAGUCUUAAUGUAAUGGAUGUGGAGUACGACAAAACGGAAGCCUUCAAUAAGUCACUCCACGACCAGAUUCUACCCCGAGUUAUGACCUCUAUCUUUGUGAUCAACGAUAUCAAAGACAAUACGACUAAAUCUGAUCCCUCUAUCGAAACGUUAACAUCGAUUGAUGACGAGUACACUCCCGGAGCCUUCGAUCUGAUUCACAUGAAAGUCGAUUCAAACAAAGGGUCGAAGAGUGAGAACGAGAACAAGGCUUUCAUUCAAUGGAAACCAAUCGCAUAUAAUUCAGACGACAGGAUCAUCGCAAACACUUUGGAUGUGAUUCAUAAAGGCUUUGAUAGUAUCAAUGGCACCGAUUUGGCCAAAAAUAAUAGCCUUUUCUUGGAGUCAUUCUUCAACACGAGAACCAAAUCGAGUCAUUCGUUUAACUUAACGUUUGGCGCAUCGGAUGACGAGAAGUACUACGACGACAAGAAGUACAUCGGAUACUCAUUUGUGGUGGGAUUGGGUGCCGCACCGGAAGAUAGCUUAUCAACACUCGUCAAAAUGAUAAUUCUGGUCGGCUUUGGUUUGCCAGCUCUGGUCACGUGC